AUGUAUAAGCAAAAUGCAACUACUUUGUCCGAAUUAUCUAAGCCACACGAAAAGCUGGCUGGACUUCGGAUUGAUGACAACAGUAAUAUGACACCUCAUGUGACAUAUUAUACAGAUAUAGCGAUAAAAAUGAAAGAAAUUUCGAUGGAGGUAACCAACCUUCCAAAUGGUGCAAAAAUCAGAUCUGUGAAUUGGUCAAACGAUAGUCAGCACAUAUGCUUCAGUGUGCAAACUGAUGAGGAGGAUGGCACUGGUAGCAAGUUAAAAAUAUGGGUUGCAAAUGUGGAAACAAGGGAAGCUAGACCUUUGUUUCAAAAUCCUAACACAUUUUAUAAUCCUCUUCUUGUUGGAUUUUUUUGGACAGAUAAUUCAACAAUUUUGGUUCCUAUCAUUCCUCCGAAUCGUGUACGUCCCCCAAGUAGACCAAAGGUUCCAUUUGGUCCCAAAAUAGAUUGCAAUGAGCACAUGGACACAGUUAGAUUUCAUACUUAUCAAGAACUUUUGAAGGAUGAAUACGAUGAGGAUUUGUUCGAAUAUUUUGCAACUUCAGAGCUGGUUUUGGUAUCUUUGGAUGGAAAAGUGAAGCUCUUUCGAGCACCAGCAAUUUAUACGUCAUUGAAUUUAGUUUCAUGGUGCAAUAUGAUCAGUAUUGAAUAUACCGAAAGACCAUUCUCGUAUUUUGUUCCUUGUAAACGUUUUGAAAAAUUACGUGUGAAUCAGCCUAUAGAAGGAAGAACUGUUAAAGAAUGCAAUAGGAGCUCUAUGGAUUGGUCAACAAAAGCGGCUUCCAAACAUACAGGGGUCUCGUCUCAGAACACACACGAUAGUGGUUCCAACAAGGAGGCGAAACAAGAAUGCCUAUUUAAAAAGAAGUUCCCCUAUCCUUACCCUGUGCAGGAUAUAAAGAAGAUCAAAUUUAAAAGGAAGGAUAUGGUAGAACUAGGAGCAAACUUAUGUCUCCCACAGGACUACAAUCAGGCUAGAGAUGGACCACUCCCAUGCAUCAUCUGGCCUUACCCUAAUACUAAAAUCAAAUCGAGUGAUAAGUACUAUUUUCGCCCAUUAUCUCCCUUGGUUUGGCUAGCGAGAGGGUUUGCUGUCUUAUUUGAUAUAUGUAUACCAAUCAAGGAUGAAGACAAGGCAUAUGACGGGUAUGUUGAGGAAUUAGUGUCAACUGUAGAGGCUGCGGUGCAGGAGGUCAUCCGUCUAGGAGUGGCUCAUCCAAAAAAAAUUGUUAUUGGUGGUCAUUCCUUUGGCGCUACCCUGACUGCCCUCCUCCUUCAACAUGCUAGCCAUUUGUUUUGUUGUGGAAUUGCGUUGUCUGGGGCAUAUAAUAGAACACUUACCCCUUUCAGGUUUCAGAGUGAAAAAAGGACAUUUUGGGAGGCCAAAUAUACUUAUGUUGAAAUGAGCCCUUUUAUAUCGGCUGAUAAAAUUACAAAGCCCAUUUUACUUGUACAUGGAGAAGAUGACAGCAAUCCCGGAACGUGGACAAUGCAGUCCAUUCGCUUCUAUAAAGCUUUGAUUGCCAAUGGAGCAUGUUGUCGCCUGGUCAUUCUUCCUUUCGAGAAUCAUACUUACUUAGCAAGAGAGAACAUUUUGCAUGUUUUAUGGGAAACUGACAGGUGGCUUCAAAAAUAUUGUGUAGCUAAUUCAGGUGCAAGAACAGAUGGAAAAGUCUAA